CCUAAAACAGAGUAACCAUGGUGAUCAGGCCAGUGAACUCCGCCGCCUCCAGCGACUGUGAUGAGACUGUGAUGCUAACAUCGAAUGCAUAGAGAAAGUUGCGCUGUUAAGGAUCCUCGUACGGUAAAGCGGCACUCUGGUUCCUUCCAGUUGUUCCCGACUUCUCCACGGCAUUAUUUUCGUGAAUUCCGCAUAUCGAUUUCUAUAAGAAGCUGAGAAGAAACAGUUACCUAUUUAGGGUUUAUUGUUGCCCAACCAAAGAAAGAAGAAGGAUAAUAUAGCGAGUCUUCAUUUUCGAACUCACAGCCGCUAGACAUUCAAGGGAAAGACAAACCGUUUUCCUUUGUGCAGACGACAUCUCCUGAAUCUUCUCAAAAAAAGAAUCUUUCGAUUGGGAGUGCCAUGCUUCCUUCUCGGAUGAUCAGAGCAACAAAAUUUCUUAGUAUCACGAAGAAGAUACAAAACUCAGUCUUCAGACAUGGAAAUCUUUACGAUGCUUCUUAUUUCAUCAAUUCAAACAACACACCAACUAGCUUCUUGAUCUCCUCCUUCCUUCAAGCAUCCCGCCCAUAUGCUCGUGAAGGAGAGUCAAGGUACAAUCUUUUCGAAAAAACCAAACCGGGAACAGAAGAAUUCAGGAAAUCAUGGGAGAAACAAAUGAAUGACGACGAGGAGGAGAAAUGUCUCUGGACAGGAAGCGAAAACGACGACGAUGACAAAGACGAUAAAGAUACUGAAAUGGCAGAAGAAAUCAGAAAAGUCAAACAAGAGGCAAAGGAACACUCAAAACUAAUCGACGGAGACGAGAGCGACGAACUAAGAAGCGUUUGGUCGGGUAGCGACGAAGAGAAGACGCUAUGGACUGGAGACGAAUGCGAUGAUGAGGAAAUGGAUGGCAUUCGAGGAGGGGGGGAAGCGUAUCCAAACGAGAAGAGCGACGAAUACAUAGACAGACUGUUUGAAUUCGACGAAACACCCAAGUAUAGAACGCUUUCUGAAGCGCUGAAAGACGAGGACGAGCCAAAGGAGUUGUCUCCUGGGAAGCAAGCGAGAAAACUAGCGGUUGAGAAGGCACUUAAGAAAUUGAAUAAAGGAUCGGAUGGACGAUACACGAAUGUGUGGGAAGUUAUGAGCGAUAUGGAUAUUUUGAUUGGGGCGUUUGAGAAUAUAAUCGAAGGACCGGAGUAUGUCGAGCUUCGAAGGGGAGGAGCUAAGAAGUUGAAUAUGGAAUUCUUUAAGGAUAUUCAGAAGAAAAUGAGAGAUCCUAAGUAUAAGUUUACUCAAGAGUUGAGAUUGAAUCCUAAGAGCAAAUUUGUGUCUAGAAAGAAAUGGCAGAAGACUCAAUCUAGGAGGAGAAAGGCUCAAAAACGUUAAGCUAUUAUAUUAAAUCUAACUUAUUAAAGUUUAAGCUAUUAAUAUUUAAAAAAAUAUAUAUUGAUAAAAUAUUUUAUUAUUUA